GGAACCUCGUUCCCAGGGACACCCUGUGCCUCUCCUUGCUUGCAUCCCAGGGGGCUGGGGACUCUCGGGUGAGCUACAAACCUCCCUCGUCCUGGUGGUUCCUGGGUUUCCACUGACUCUAUCACUGCUGUCCCCCUCAGCCUACACCUGAGCCAUCUGUCCAUGGGACUGAGGUCCCCAGGCACAGGGCACCCCAGACAGGUGUGAGGGGGAAGCAGAGAAAGCGCACAGCACGACUGGAACCAACUCCAAACACCAGCCAGAGCACUCCCGAGUCCACACUCCCUCCUGAGGAUGCUGACCAGCCAACCAUAGGCCAACGGCUCCCCCGGUCAUGGCCGGGGAGCUUCACAGGCAAUGCCCUCACAGCCUCCUCAAGUUACAGGGGGCAUUACAAGGGGACAGAGAAGGAACUGAAAAUCCCCAGGAUGGGACAGGCUAGGUGCCUUGCCUGGGAGCCCGAGCAUGUGCCUAGUGACCUCCAUGGCAGCCAGCCUUCAUCCACCCUGGAGGGCCAAGUCCUCCACCACUUGGUCCAGGAGGAGCACCUGGGGCCCACGGUGGCAGAGCUGGAAGACCCACGGCAGAUGCAGCUGGCCCCAGAGACAAAGGGAGGGCUGGCAUCGUGGCUACAGCGAGUCCAGGAGCUCUUUCAGACCCCCGUGCUAGAGCUACAGCCGGUGUCACCUGCUUCAGCCCCUGCAGAACUGGAGGACAUCCCAGCAGAGGCCUCAGCUCUGAGGCAAGGCCCCGAGCUGGAGCCCCAUGAGCCCUCAGGCAUGGGGCCUGGAGCAACUGCCCUAAUGGUACCAGGCCUUGCAGAGCCAGAGCCAUGUCCAGACCCCAUGAGCCCCUGGGACAUCCCAGGAGUGGUCUCACCCCUGGUGCCAGGCCCCAAGCUGGAGCCCCAUGAGCCCUCGGGCCUGGGUCCCAUGGCACCUGCAGGAAUGGCACCGGGCCUGGCAGAGCCAGAGGCGGACCCGGAGCCCACCAGCACCUGUGUCGCAAUCACCCGGGACGUGCGGAGGAAGGAGGAGUGGACCAUUCUGGCAUUUCCCCAUGGCCUGGUGGCUGAGCAGCUGACCCUGAUCUGUGCGGGGCUGUACGACAGGAUGGACUUUGUGGAAUGUAACAAUUACUUACAGAACCAGCCACAGAUGGGAGACACGUAUAGGGUCCUCAGGGAAUUUGAUGCCUUGGUUAAGCUGGUCACCACCACCUGCCUCGGGACCCUGAGCAUGAUGGCCUGGGACAGGGCUGAAGUGGUUAGGUUCUGGAUCUGGGUGGCCUUGGGGAGUCUGAACCUCAGGAACUAUGCUGCCCUCCAUGCCAUUGUCUCGGCCCUGCAGAGCCCUGCUAUUCAUCGUUUGGAAAGCACCUGGGAACAUGUUUCCUGGAAUCAGUUUCCUCCAAUGUCAGGUGUGGGUUGA